AUGUUCGGUUGGAUGGGAGGGGCCCUGCUGUGCGCCGUUUCUGGGCUGGUCCUCCUCAUUGUUGCCACAGCGACGGACUUUUGGAUGCAGUACCGAUACUCCGGCAGCCUCAGCAACCAAGGGCUCUGGCGCUUCUGUGUGGGGAACAAAUGUCACCCGCACACCAUCACCCUCGCUUUCUGGGACGCCACGAGAGCCUUCAUGCUCAUCUCCAUCCUGUCCUCCUUCGCUGGGAUCAUCCUGGAGCUGAUGACCUAUUCUGGCACCAACCGGUUCUCCCGCAGUCGCUCUGCAGGGGUCACCCUCUUGAUUGCAGGACUCUUCGCCUUGCUGGGUCUCUCUGUCUACACUGGCGUGACCGUGAAUUUCUACGGCAAGCGUUACGCUGACUGGCGUUUCUCCUGGUCGUACAUUCUGGGAUGGAUCGCGGUUCUCCUGACCUUCUCAGCAGGUAUUGGCGCUCUGCGAGCGUGCAGCGGGGUUCCCCUCGUCUUCCAGAUCCUGAGACCCCCCCACUCUCUUCCACUUCUGUGCUGUCCGCAGAAAUUUGUCUACCGGUGGAUCUGGCGGGACGAGUGGUUGACUCAACUUCGUGGCACCCUCCUGGCUGAAGUCCAUCCCAUCCGGACGCCAACGACCCCCCCUUGUGCAGCCACGUGGCCCCCUCAUCCGUGUUCUCCCUCCUCUGCCAAGUGCCCCCAGUGGGCUGGCUAA